GGGACUCGUGGAUACAUUGGGGACUGUUGUUGUUCAUGACUUUGAGGCGUGAUGAUUAUAUGCGAUGAUGGUGAUUGGUUGGUUUAUAUCUCACGGUGUAGACAUAAGGAAAUGCUGCAUGCGUAGUCCCCAGUUGCCCUGCAAGUGAUUGAAGAGAAUGCGUCGUUCUGUGAGAGCUAAUCCGUGGCUCUCGCUCUCUAGACACUUCAGCUACGUCGUCGAUCGUCUGCGACUGGAUGCUGCGCUGCUUCGUCGUCUUGUGGAAGUGGGAAUGAUGAGCGGAGACGAAUACGACGAGUUGACGAAUGAAUGUUUUCUAAAGAGAAAGAGAAUGAAGCGUCUAUUGAGAGAUAUCCUUCCUAGACAAGAUCCUACACUAUUCGACACGUUCUGCAAGAUAGUGAGUGAAGUGGGUCAAGGAUUUAUUGUUGAGAAGCUCAAGGAAGGUAGAGAUGAAAUCGUCAAGUCAGCAGCAUAUGGAAAGGAAACGAAAGAGUCACACACAGCCAGUUGCGGGACUUCCCCGACAGCGAGGGGAAGUCACCAAGACGGUGAGAUGUCAACAUCAAUUGACUUUGCAGCUGCUAUGGAAACGUCAGGGAGAGGCAGAGACACACAGACGGUGUUUGCAGAACGUAUGAGAGCGACUCCGUCAUCUGCGCAGGCGCACUCGUCCUGCGUUGACGAAAAGGGGUCGUGGCCUGCCAUUCGAAAAAAUUACCACUUCCUAUCACAACAUCUUCGCCUCAGCGCAGAAUUUCUUGGCUGUUUGUAUGAGGAAAGUUUCAUCAACAAAGAUGACUUGGACGCUUUCCACAGCAUCUCUCUUCCUCGUGAUCAAAAGUUUCGUCUCCUUCUUGUUGACAUUCUUCCCAGUAAACCACCUACCAUGUUUACCACUUUCUGCAACAUUCUUCGCCACCUAGGCCAACCACAUGUCGCUGAAAGGCUGGAAAGGUAUGACACGGACAGACUGGAUUGUAUAGUACAAGGAAGUAGAAGAUCGCAAGAGGAAGAGGAGACAUUGACAUCUCAAGUGGCUCGACUGGAAAGAGAGAAAACAGCAGAAAGGAAACAAACAGAAGCUGCAAACGCACGUGCUGAUGCUGCAGAGAGCAAAGCGAAGGAAGGAAAAUGGACAAUUUGGCUCUUCGAUGCGACAAAGCACAACACGCAGAAAGUGUUGAUAUCAAUGACAGUCUGCCAUCAUGGACACAGUGGAAUGUACACAUGCCUCGUGUCAGUUGGGGGUUGGUAUAUAAUAGAAUGGGAGAGAUUGAAGGCAGACUAGUGGUAGGAGGUGUUGAUGGUAAUCUGCAUGUUCUUACUGAUAAACAUGAUAAGUGGGACAAAUUUGUCAGAAAGAAUGGUUACAUCAGAAGAGUAGUGUGUCAUCAAGGUGUGUGUCUGGUGUGUGUGAAGGAUGUAGAUAAGCAUCAGCUUGUGAUUGAACAAUUUUAUUUGAAUGAAGACAAGAAAUGGCGUUUCCUCACAGUUCUACCAAACGAACUGCAGUUGCGUGGUGUAUCUGUUGCUCUUCAUGACAACUCACUGUAUGUGGUGGGUGGUGAGACUAAGUCAGGGGAGAUCGUGAACACAGCACGUGUGUGUGACCUUCACAGCGGUCAUUGGUAUAAGAUGGAUGACAUGCAAACAAAACGUAGUGCCUGUUCUUCUGUUAUUAUAAACAACACAGUGUUUGUAGGGGGAGGAAUGACUGAUGGACCUUACUCUAGUAAUAUUGUUGAGUGUGCAGAUGUUCGUGAUGGAAAAUGGAGAACAAUCCCCUCUACAACCACAUAUGACUCUGUACUAACGUCAGUCAGUAACAGACUGGUGGUGACUGGAGGAACGACACAACAGAGGUCUACUUCUCCUUCUAAUAUUGUAGAAUUAUAUGAUGAGAGAUCUACCAAAUGGCUUCCUCUUCCACUCAUGACACACAAACGGUGGGCACAUGCUGCAUUCUCAACUCAGAAUGGAGAACUCAUCACAGCAGGAGGGUUGGGUGAUGGAUAUUCAAUGGAAAGUCUGAAGUGUGACUAACAUUUUCAUUUUUAUUGAAUUUGUGUGUAUUUGUUAUAUUAUAAUCUCUAGUGUUUGUCUAAAGACAAUCUAUUGUAACAUUUAGUGUGUGUAACAUAAACUAGAUAUUUACUGUAAAUCAUGUGUCUACCUUAGGGUGUUGGGUUUCUAUUUUAAA